AAACGCGUGACGCCGUCGCGACCCAAGGGUCCGAUUGGAUGAUGACCAAUGGGCACUUAUAGAACCAUAUCAAAGAUUAUCAAGUUUUUAUCGGCCCUCCAGAUCUUACCGGACAGAUCAAAAGGCAGCGGGAUUAUGCCGAUGCUCACGGAGGGUGCGGGUCUGUCUAUGAAUCCAUCUGGAACAGAAAGACUGGGGGCCAAGUCAAGGUUACUUUGUUUGUAUUUGCAUACGUCAGUGUCUGAUGAUGGGUAGGUUGCUGUUAAGGUCAUGCAUGUCGAGGAUUCCUCGCGAGUAGAUGAAGUAAAGAAGAAUUUGAAGCGUGAACUUGCAGCUUGGAGAAGGCUAUCUCACCCGAACAUAGCUUCGUUGUUGGGCACUACGACGGACUUCGGUCAUCUCGAAGGCAUGGUUGGCAUGGUUUCCCUGUGGAUGAAGAAUGGAUCACUCUAUGCAUACAUGGGUAACAGGGAUGUCGAUGAUGUACGGCGUCUCUUUGGGUAG